AUGAAGGCCUUCCAGCGAGCAAUUCCUGCUCUACGGCCGUGUCACCUCGGCCGGGGCCUGCAAGUGCAGCAAGGACCACAUCGACAUGCCCGGCUCGUCCACUCGUCCACCACCAAAGCUGCCGUUGCGCACCCGGUGAAUGUCUCUGGGCCUCCGCCAAAGCCGCCAGGGUCAACGGCGAGUCCGCUGAGGAAGAGGUUCUGGAAGGAUGUACACGUCAAGGAAGCUGCUGGAGGCCAUCAGAUAUACCUGGACAGCCGGCCGGUUCGAACGCCAGAGAAGAAGGUAUUAACCGUGCCUUCUUCGAAACCGCAUCUCGCGCAUGCUAUAGCUCUGGAGUGGGAUCUACUCAAGACAGCGCAGCAUGCAACCAAGUACCAUCUUAUCCCGAUGACAUCGAUCACCGGCCGGGCCGAAGACAUCGCAGCCGAAGAUGCAAAGGGAGUCACCACGAUACGGGACGAGAUAACUCGCGUGAUGCUACGGUAUCUUGAGACUGACACGCUGCUCAGCUGGGCCCCUGAAAAAGAACCAGACUACGUCGGACGAAGCGAAGAGAAGCGCGAGACACUGAGGGAGAAGCAAAUCAAGGCAGCCCAGCCCAUCAUUUCGACCCUGGUGUCGACCGUCUGGCCGGGCGUGGAGCUCAAGCCUACCCUUGACGCCAACAGCAUCAUGCCAUUACCUCAGCCACGGCAGACAAUUGAUGUUAUUCGAGGGUGGCUGUCGAGUCUUUCGCCGUACGACCUUGCGGGUGUGGAGCGAGCAGGAAUAGCUACUAAGAGUCUGCUGGUGGGUGCCCGGGUGGUGAUUGAAUGGAGCGAGAACUUCCGCCAUCUCAGGCCCAGCGGUGCAAGCAGGACCUUUGGCAUCGAAGAGGCCGCGCAUGCGUCGAGCCUGGAGGUCAGAUGGCAGACCGAGAACUGGGGAGAAGUCGAGGAUACGCAUGAUGUGGAGAGGGAGGACCUGCGCCGACAGCUGGGGAGCGUCAUCCUACUGGUGAGCGGCUGUUCGUCAUGA